AUGGGGUUCAUAAUUUUGAGGGAUUUUAAUCUUACUUUAUUGGGAAAACAAGGAUGGCGUCUGUUGACUAAUGAGGAUGGUUUGGUGGGUAAGGUUUUCAAGGCAUGCUACUAUCCCCGCAGAUCUUUCCUGAAUGCUAGAUUGGGAAACAAUCCUAGUUUCAUUUGGUGUAGCAUAUGGGAGACUCAGGAUAUAGUCAAAAGAUGGGCUAGAUGGAGUGUGGGGACAGGCUUGGAGGUGAACCUGCUUAAUGAACCUUGGUUGCCAAGUCAUGAGAACCCUUAUGUUGUGAUACAUAACCAAGGCUUGGUGAAUCAGAAGGUGGCUAGUCUUCUUAUUCCAGGAAUUCAUGAAUGGAAUAUUGACUUGGUUAAUGACCUUUUUGAAGAAAGGGAUAAAAAGCUAAUUUUGGGCAUUCCUUUGAGUGUCUCAGCUUCCAGAGAUUAG